AUGGAUUCGAAAUCAUCAGGACCAAAUGAAUUUUACCGCGAUAAUAUAUGCCUGGAUGACAUCCCUCUCGAAGGGCAGAAGUUACUCCGAGACUACGCGGGAUUGCGGCAGGAAGAGUUGCUUCCGCAUGUCAUUGCCAUCCGUGACAAAGGAUUCAAGAUUGCGCCCUACGCUUGCAUCGGCCACGCCCGAUUUCUGACCGACCGCUGGGCCGUGUUGCCGUACUCCAAAGAUUUCUUGUCAAAGCUCAGAGAAGGCGCAGCGCUCUUGGAUGUUGGAUGUGGCUUGGGACAGGAAUUGCGAUACCUGAUCGUCAACCAUGCGAUAAGCCCCUCUCAACUGUACGGAUUUGACCUUGAACCGGGUUUAAUCAACUUGGGAUAUGAAUUGUUCCGUGACCGCGACCGAGCAGGAGCCAUGACCCUAUUUGCUGCUGAUUUGAUAGGCGACGCAAACCCCGAAUUGGAUGGGAUCAAAGGCAGAAUGGAUUUGAUCCAGGUCUCCCAGGUUUUGCACAUCUACGACUACGACGACAUGUUCGAGGCCGCGAAACGCUUGAUUGCAUUGGUCAAACCGCAGUCAGGAUCCAUGAUAGCUGGCAAUCAAGUAGGUAGUCUCAAUGCUGGGUCGUACGAAUUGAAAAGUGAGUUCGCCCCCACCGGAUUUCACUACCGUCAUAAUAUCAAGAGCAUGGAAGACUUUUGGAACAAGCUCGGACAAGCCACAGAUUCUGAGUGGAAAGUGGAGUGCGGUCCGAUUCAAUCUAAUGCCGUUGAGGAGGCUCGGAGCACUCGAUUUGCGCGAGGGGAUACGGGGAUGACCAUGAUCUGGUUUUGCGCAACGCGGUUGUAA